AUGGAGAAGGUCAACUACGACUUCUACUCGAAUCUCCUCGACAGCACAUCCACCUGCUUACUCACCAUUUUCGGCGAGACGAAUAUAUCGCUCCAUCGGUUCUCCCUAGCGAACUCGACAUGCCAUCACGUCGAUGAAGGAUGGUUCCCAUGGAAUCAAACCAGAACAUAUCAAGUCUUUGUUGUCGUCAGAACUCUGGCUAAAUUCUUCACGCGGUACCUGUCGGAAUGCAUCGAAGUAUCACAGGAAUACAGGGUGCAGCUAUGCCUGACUUUCAUCAAUUUAAAGAAAGCGCUUAACAAUGUCGAGACAGAAACGGUAUUUGAAGCCAUAUGCAAUAGGUGGGGAUGCUCGCGAGCUCUACGAUAA